CCAACUCACAACAGCACCCCCUUUGCUGUGGCCCCACUUAGGUUCUUGCUGCAACGCGCACGCCACUACAGACUGUGUGCUGUAUUGAAGUUUAUUUCCGAUCGUUGUAGUGUUACUCUUCCUUCAGAUUGACACAAGCUUACCCCUAUGAAGCCGAGCCGCCUUAUCCACAGCGCGAUCGUGAACAAAGUGUACUUACAUACCGUAGUUCAAAACUUUACCCGCAUUUUGAUUGUCCUCGAGAAUUAUGACAAACAGUCACUACUAGUAGAAAACGAACUGGGGUAAAUCAAAAUAAGUAGCACGCGGCGAAACAAAAGAAAGUGAAAGCAUGAUCAUGACCACCACCUCUUCCAGCCAGCCCCUCGCCGCGAGAGCCAUAAGCAACUGGAAGUGCAGCAGCAGGGCAAGGGACCGCCGCAGCAGUACUAGACUCGGCAGAACGAAGCUGCUGACUUGGGGCGCAGCUUGCUCCGGUUUGAUGUUCGGUGCCAGCACCGAGGCUGCUGCUGCCGCCGCCGGCAGUUUUUUUUUCCCGGGGAUCAGCUGCGUUAAGACCUACCAGCGAGGAGGACGAGGAGGGUUCUUGCACCAGUCAGCCGCUGGGGUGAAGAUGGCCCUGUUGACGACAAAAGCGGCACUGCUCGCGUCGGUGACCACCACAGUAUUCAAUACUGCGCCGGUCGCCGCGCAGCUCGACGCGUCUUGUAUCCACCCAGAGAAAAAGCUAGCAGGGCAUUAUAUUUGUAUAUGCAAAAAUCAAUACACACGCAAAUUUGAUGCCAGGGGCGGCCCCAUAGCGUGCUGUUUGGGUUCUUAUGCAGUACAGGUUUUUUUGUGUAUUUGUUUUUGCAUUACAAAUGUGGCCGGCCUGCUUUUUUCAGUGUGAUAUCUUGGACAAGUUACUCGGAGCAGGCGGACAUGCCCCAGUCCGAGCUAUGAACUGCAAAAGUAUAAUCAGACUAGUAUGAAUUGCAUUACAAAUUAGCUCAGCAUUACAAAUUAAAUUUGUAAUGCUAAUUUACCUCGAGAAAGAGAUUUCUAUAAUGCAUAAACGCAAUUACUACGAGUGCGAUACUUUUGCAGUGGAUACUAGCAGUGGCGGAGCAACAUGCGGGAGAAGUUGAAGUCUGUGGAUUACGAGAGCUUGAGCGACGAGCAGAAACAGCGGUACAAGGAGAUGAUGUUCCAACUGAAUGGCGGAAAAUCGGGCAAAAAAAGACACGGGAGCAGCUGGGAGGAACCCGAGGACGACGAUGCGGACGGUUCCUAUCCCUUGCAGUAUGAACUGCAAAAGUAUCGUACUAGUAGAAAUCGCAUGACAAAUUGCCUCAGCAUGAAAAAUGGAAUUUGUAAUGGUUUUUCACCACUUAGCAAAAGGUUUUUUAAUGCAUAACUACGAGUGCGAUACUUUUGCAAAGGAUACGCAGAGGUUCGGCCUGAUUCUGCUGGUCGUAGCGUUUCUGGGCUACCAGCACUUUUACGCGAACAGAAAUAUGAACGGCGGCGCUGGCUUGGGGCAGGGUGCACCAGCGGUAUCGCAAGAAAAAAGUGUUACAGUUACACAUUGUGUUGCAAGACCGGCAACACAGAUAACCUUUAUCAUGCAGGAAAUGCUUGGGAGCCUCGUUUCCUUCCUGUUCUCCCCUGCGAUCUUCGCAUUACAAGUUUUCCCUGCCACACCGAGAAAAUUUGUGAUGCAGGAACUCCAACAAAUGUGUAACUGUAACACUUUUUUCUUGUGAUAAGCGGGUGCCAACAAUCAGUACCUGCAGCAGCAGGGGACAGGCGCCGGGAGCUCUUGGAUGGCGAGCGCAGGUACUAUCGGACGCGAUGAAUACCAUUUGUGCUAUGCAAAAUUUGUGUUGCGUAAUAUGUCAAUACGCAAUUAUCAAAAAAAAAUUUACAACCGCCGCGUGGUGUGCACAACAACUCAAGUCGUGCUUUUUCCUUGUCAUACACAACUCAAAUCCGCAGAAAGAACAUGUCGCAAAAAAAAAACCGCCACUACAGGUAGCAGCAGCUCCGCCGGAGGACAAACAGCGGAGCAGCGGGAGGCAAUGCGGCAUAUCAAAUGCAAAUAUGUCUGGGUCGGGAAGGAUGCAACUUGUAAUGCUAAUUCUGGAUCGUGCAAAAAUCUGUGCUGCAUGAAUACCAAAAGUUGUCCACUUUUGACCAAGUUGAGAGGACGUUUCUCAUGAAGGAUAGGCAUGAUAGGGCUCUCACAGAAUCUGUCAUGCUAGGUCCUGCAUUCCAGACGACAUGGAUCAUGGAAAAUCUGCAUGACAAGUCUCACAAUCUUCCAGACCCAGACACUUUUGCAUUUGAUACGGCAGGCGAGGUUGCGGCAGUUUGAAAACAAACCGACCAGCGAACCCAUGCCAAAUCCCUGGAAACAAGACUAUCAAAAUGGAAAAUCCCCCCUCCCCAUAUCAAAGCGGAAAUUUGUGAUGCUGAUUUGUGGCCACAAGUCAGCUUUGUAUUGCAGAGAGGCAUGGCGGCCAGAUCUCCAGGCUAGGUAGGGGCGUAUGGGUCUAGUUGUUCAGCAUGGCAAACGGCUCCCCUUUAGGCCUAACAGCAUGACAAAGCGCGGCCAUAAUGGGGCGGAAGCUUCUGCCCUUGUCUUCUUGCAAGACAGAUAUGAUUUGUGACCUCAAAUCCGCAACACAAAUUUUUGGAAACAUACCUUUUCAAUAUGGGGAGGGGGGAUUUUUCCUCUCAAUAAAGACUAGAGCUUUGUCUAAAAAUCCUGAAGCGGUUACAACCCAAACCCGAUCGAAGGUUCUUUUCGAAGAAAAUUGACCCCAGAGGCCGACUGAAUUGUAAGUACCAAAAAAAAAAAAGACCAUGUAUAGCACAAAAGCGAGCGGAG